UGGUGUGAAGUAUAGAAGUGUUGAGGAGGAGGACUUAAGAAGCGAUACAAAGUGGAACAGGUCAAAAGAAGAAGAAGAAGAGGCAUUGUUUACGUCAGCAGCCGGGGACGUCAAAAGUUUGGAAAAUGAAGAAAAUUGUAACACUAAGGCAGUUCCUGAGGCCCCUGUGUGGGAUGCAGGUGGCAGGGAGGCAGCACAGUACUUCUACCAGGGAUGCACAACAGGCUGAAGCAGCAGCCCAGAAGGAGGCAGUGCAGCCCAAAACUGCAUUGUUGAUGCUGAACAUGGGGGGCCCACGCAACCUGGACGAAGUGCAUGACUUCCUUCUGCAGCUGUUCAAAGAUAGGGACAUUAUUCAGCUGCCCUUCCAGAGUCGCAUGGGCCCCUGGAUUGCCAAGAGACGAACCCCAAGUAUUCAGCAGAAGUAUGAUGAAAUUGGAGGAGGAUCACCCAUUUUUAAGUGGACAGAUUUACAGGGAAAGUUGAUGUGUGAGCAGCUAGAUAAACUGUGUCCUGAAACUGCACCCCAUAAGCAUUAUGUUGGCUUCAGAUACGCUCGCCCCCUUACUGAGGCAACACUCCAGCAAAUAGAAGAGGAGGGAGCUGAGAAUUGUGUAGCUUUCUCUCAGUACCCACAAUACAGCUGUAGCACCACUGGCUCCAGCAUGAAUGCCAUCCACAAGUUCUACGCCAACAGGCCCGCAGAAACAAAGCUCAAGUGGAGUGUAAUCGAUCGGUGGGGCACCAACUCCUUCCUUGUCAAGUGCUUUGCUGAGAACAUAAAGAAAGAACUGGAGAAGUUCCCAAUUGAGAAGCGGAAAGAUGUCUUCAUUCUCUUCUCAGCUCACUCCCUACCUCUCAGACAAGUCAAUCGAGGUGACCCUUACUCUGCUGAGGUGGGAGCCACGGUGCAGCUGGUGAUGCAGGAGCUGGGCUACAGCAAUCCUUACCGGCUGGUAUGGCAGAGCAAGGUGGGACCACUGCCAUGGCUUUCCCCUGCCACUGAUGAUGCUAUUAAAGGUCUGGUGCAGCGGGGCCGAAAGAACAUGAUCCUGGUGCCCAUUGCCUUCACCAGCGACCACAUUGAAACCUUACAUGAGCUGGACAUUGAGUAUGCACAGGAUGUUGGAAAGGAGGUUGGGGCCGAGACUAUCCUCCGCUGUGCUGCACCCAAUGACCACCCUCUGUUCAUUGAUGCAUUGGUGGAUGUAGCAAGCAAACACCUGAAUAGUGACCAGAAGUGUUCUGAGCAGUUCCUGCACAACUGUCCCCUGUGUGUCAAUAAAUCCUGCUAUGCCUCCAAGAAAUGGUUCAGAUAUGCCACACAGACCUUUUAAGAAUUUAUGUUCCUCUCCGCAUUUGAUUUAAAGUCUAAUUUUAUUGUUGUUGUUGAUGUGAUUGUGUAAUUUCCAUGGAAGUUGUAUGUAUAUAUUGUUCAGGUGCUUAUCAACAAUGUCUGAGAUGAUAAGUUUGUUGUUGUUAUUCAUGAUGUAUGAUGCUUUAAAGAUACUGAAUAAUAUUUAAUAGAUGAUAGGGCAUAUCAUGACUUAGUUUAAGCAAACAUUAAGCAAAGUAGAACAAAUUAUAAACUGGUUAAAUAUACGAUACAUAGCACAUGUACUUAUUUUUAUGUGAGUAUUCUUGAUUUGAUACGUGUAUGCAUGGUCAUAUUGUUGAAGGGAGAUAUUUGUAUGCACAAUAGAAAUGAGUAAUGAAGUUUGAUUAAAUAUU